GUCAAAAUCGCCAUCUUGCUUCUUCUCAACUUCCUCUAUUUGUGAAAGGCUCGAGCGGUCUGAGCCAUGGGUCGAGUAAUUCGUGCUCAACGUAAGGGAGCUGGAUCAGUCUUCCGUUCCCACACCAAAAGGAGGAAGGGAGCACCAAAAUUGCGGUCCCUCGAUUUCUCGGAGAGGCAUGGAUACAUCAAGGGUGUCGUCAAGGACAUCAUCCAUGACCCCGGUCGUGGCGCACCACUCGCAGUAGUACAUUUCCGGGACCCUUACAAGUUCAAGACCCGUAAAGAACUUUUCAUUGCACCUGAGGGCAUGUACACAGGACAGUUUUUGUACUGUGGAAAGAAAGCCACUCUCCAAAUUGGGAAUGUAAUGCCCGUUGGCACCAUGCCUGAGGGUACAAUUGUCUGCAAUUUGGAGGAGAAAACUGGUGACAGGGGUCGUCUGGCUCGUGCCUCCGGCAACUACGCCACCGUCAUUGCCCACAAUCCCGAUAGCAAGAAGACCAGGGUGAAGUUGCCCUCCGGCGCUAAGAAAGUUAUUCCAUCGAAUAACAGAGCCAUGGUCGGUAUUGUUGCUGGUGGUGGUCGUAUUGACAAGCCCAUCCUCAAGGCUGGACGUGCCUACCACAAAUACAAGGCCAAGAGGAACUGCUGGCCCAAGGUUCGUGGUGUUGCUAUGAACCCCGUUGAACAUCCCCACGGUGGUGGUAAUCACCAGCACAUUGGUAAGGCGUCCACUGUCAAGCGUGGCACGAGCGCUGGUCGUAAAAUUGGUCUCAUUGCUGCUCGUCGUACCGGAAGAAUUCGUGGAGGAAAGACAGACAGCAAGAAGGAAGAUUAGACUGCACAUUAAUUGUUUAUACUGUGUGCUCUAUUAUGUAAUAAAAUCAUACAAAAACAAAAUGCACAACAUUAUUAUUGACGUGGAUA